AUCCUUAAACGAAAUUGCUUAUAUUGAAGAUGUUCAAAGUAUAAUUUUUGUGGGAAGAACAGGUUGUGGCAAAUCAACUUUAGCAAAUGUUCUAUUGGACGAUGAGAAAUUUGAUGAAAUAGCUGGAAGUACAAGUGGAACGAAAAGAAUACAAAAUGAAAUCUUUGAGUGGAAUGGGAAUAAAUAUUGUGUAAUUGAUACAGUCGGAAUUGGCGAUGACUCUAGACUAUCAAAUUAUGAAAAAAUGUUGCUUUUUUGUGAUAUAUUUAAAAAGCGCAAAAUCAAACAAAUAUUUUUUGUAUAUAAGGACCGUUUUGAAGAUUAUCAGGUGAAAGCUUUGGAAAAAGUUAACAAACUUCUCAAAGUAUAUGGGUCAAAAUACAAUGGUGCCCAUAUUGCUUUAGUUUGUACAAAUUUCGCAGAAUUUGAAAAUAAUGAUGCAUGUGAUCUGGAUACAGUAAAGCUACUCAGGGAUCGUAAAAAUCAAAAUAUUGUUGAAGUAAUUAGGAGUUGUAAACAUAUUCAUGUAGAUAAUCCACCAAUUCACUCGUCUUGCCAUGGAGAUGGUGCAAAAAGGGCACGGCAAUCUUCAAGACGAAAGUUACCCGAGUACUUAGAAUCGAUUGCCUCUGUAAAAUGUAUUGAGGUUAAG